AUAUGUAUUAAUAUAUUGAAUAGUUUUCUAUUAAUUUAAGGAUUCAUUAAUUUGUAAGCAAUUUGUGAUUUAAUGCAUUCAUUAGUUAAUACAUUAAAUACUUUCAUAACAUUACAAUUGGUUUCAUAAUUGUUAUCAAAUGUAAUAUAAGUUAAUUAUAAUAAAUAUGGGAUUAAUUUAGUAAUAAAUGUUUAACUAUAAUGUGAUUUCUUGGACAAAGAUUUCUUGUCUUAUUGUUGACAAAUUGGUUAUAACGUUGGGAUCAACAGUCGAGCCAAUGGCCGGAUCACGGGAUCGGGAGCGCACUCGCGAUAGUAGGGAUAGACAUAGGGAUGACCGCCACGGGAGCCACGGGUCGAAUGGAUCAAGUCGUGGGUACGGCCGUCACAGUCGACGGUCUCCGGACUCUUAUAGAAGUGAUUAUAACUCAGACGAUAAUAACUAUGAUAAUAACCGAAGACAUCGCACACAAGAGUACGAUAGAUAUGAUUUUGAUAGAAGUCGUAAUCAUCGCGAACGAAGAGAUCGCAGCCGAAGCAGAGAUAGAGACCGCGAUUCUGCUUCAACUAUCGGUACCGACAAUCAAUCGAUUCGUUACUAUAAUGAAGAUCACAAUUCUUCAAAUAAUGGCUUUAAUAAUGAGAGCAAUGAAAGGGAGAGAUAUCAUCAAAGAGAUCGACGCGAAGAAGUUCCUAAUAAUACACUUAUGAUAAGGGGUUUGGCCACACAUAUCGCAGAAAAAGAUAUUGUAACCAAAUUAGCUGAACAUAAUCUUAUGGCUAAAGAUAUACGACUUAUGAGAAAGAAAGAGACAGGUGUUUCCCGAGGAUUUGCUUUCGUUGAGUUCAUUAAUAUUGAAGAUGCUAUUCAAUGGAAGGAAUUAACUCAAGGAUACAUUUACUUUGAUGAAGAAUGUGAGGCAUCAGUUCAUUAUAGUAUUCCCAAAGAAACUUUUGGUGGCGACAAGACUAUCAUGAAAAACGAUUGGACCUGUUAUAAGUGUGGCGUAAAUAACUUUAAACGUCGUGAAGAAUGCUUUAAGUGUGGUACACCUAAAGAAGAAUCGAUGGCUAAUGACACGGGUGAUGAAAUCAGUCUCAAUCCUACAAAUGCUUUAUUAUUACGCAAUUUAUCUCCAAAUACAACAGAAGAACGAAUUUUAACUAUUUUGGGAUCACUUACAGCAUUGCCCAUCAAAUCUAUACGUAUUUUAAAAGAUGGUUUAUAUAACAUAUCGCGUGGCAUGUGUUUAGUUGAGUUACACACAACUCUUGAGGCUUCACAGCUGUUUACUUUAUUAUCAUCAUUGAAUCUGGGAUUUAUAAUAGACGAUAGUUUAGUUCAAGUGAAUUAUGGUAAAAGAAAUGUCACAUUUGGUCAAACAAUGAAUUGUAAUCCCAAUGCAGCCAUCAUUGCAUUGGCAGCCGCUCAGUGGCGAAACUUAGAUGAAGAUAAUUUAGACCUCAAUACUAAUACCAAACAAACUCAAUCUAAGACUAUCUCAACCACACAAUUGUCAACUUCUAAGACCAAAGGCAAUGAAUGUUUAAAAUAUGAAACACCAGACGUGUCAACCUUUGUAUUGGAUGAGACCUCUGGUUAUUAUUAUGACGCGACCACUGGUUUCUAUUAUGACGCCAACACUCAAUAUUAUUAUAAUUCGCAAACACAACAAUACAUGUAUUGGGAGGCAACUAAUCAAACAUAUUUGUCAGUCGAUUCAAAAACUUGGAAAAUAAAUGAAGAGAAGAAGGAGAUACCAAAGGAAACAAAAGUAGAUAAAGUGAAGAUCGCUAAGAAAAUUGCUAAAGAUAUGGAAAAAUGGGCCAAAACUUUAAACCAAAAGAAAGAUACUUCACGUGCUUUGGUUACUAAUGACUCACAAAUGAUCGGCGAAUGUUCACAGAGUUUAAGUGCAGACGCGGGUUAUGCUGUCCUCGAACAGGAAGUGACUGCAAAUGAAUCGGAAAACAUUUUAUCAUUUGAAAUGCAGAAACAGUUUGACGAUAAAAGUAGUGUUUAUUUGAGUGCCUGUAAAAUAAUAAAAACUGAAGAAAAACGUUUGAUUGAUUGGGAAAAACUGGCGUGUCUUCUGUGUAAAAGACAAUUUAAUACCACAGAUCUCCUCAACAAACAUCUCGAAAAGUCUGAUUUGCAUAAAUCAAACUUAAAUGCAUUAAAGCAUCAAUUGUUAACUGAAGAACAAAUAGAAGAAAUGGAAAAAAAUGAAAGAGAAUCCGGAUAUAGGGAUAGGGCUAAAGAAAGAAGAAAAAAAUAUGGACUCCCAGAGACACCUGAUUCAAGUAAAUUAAAAAACAAAUAUAUGAACGAAAGAGAUGGAAAAGUUGAUACUUUUCAAUCUGUUUCACAUCAAAAAACAAAAGCAAUUUCUUGUGAUAAUAUUGGAAAUAAGAUGCUUAAAGCCAUGGGUUGGACUGAGGGUACAGGACUCGGUCGAGUCAAUCAGGGAAUGCAUAAUAUAAUUGAAGUCGAGAGAAGAGCAGAGGGCGCAGGACUUGGAAGUGGUGCCAAAGUAACAGCACUACCAGGAGAGUCAUAUAAAGAUGCUGUUAAGAGGACAAUGUAUCAGAGAUAUAAAGAAAUGGAUUAACAUUAUAUUUAUAACUAUUUUGUUAUUAUU